UGGCAUUGACGCGUUAAAUCAGAACGAAUGUAGUGAAAUUGUUACGGAAGCUAUCUUAGAAGACCAGUUGGUUGAUAUCUGGCCUGAUUAUCGGUGUUUAUACGAUGUGCGAUCGUCCGACUUCAAGAACCGUGAUGCACGCGAGAAAGCUUAUCAAAAUAUUGCAGAAAAGUUAGGAAAAACUGGUAAGUUAUGAAUCUUUGCCAUGUGCUGUAUUCCCCCUUAUAUUAUAUCAUCUGUAUAUUGCAGUUGAAUGAGUAAAAGCUAAGCUGAAGUCCCUCAGGAACAGUUAUACAAGUGCUAAAAAGAUUGCUCCAAGUGGAAGUGCACGGAAAAAUCCGACAAAGAGAGGAACCUGGUUGUUGGAAAAGCUGCAGUUUCUGGCACCUUAAAUUGCAACAAGAGUCCCUAUAUCCAAUAUGGAUUCUGAGCACUGUGACUCUCCAUCAGAUACUAGCAUAAUUGAUCAACCUGAUGAAGAAAGUGUUGCUGAUGAUAACAUGUCUUAUCAAGCUAAUAUAGAAACACCAAGUCCAACUCCUUUGGAGGGAGAUGAGAUUGACAUUCCCUUAACAAGAUCAACUAAAGAGCCAUUUCAGUUAAAAAAUAGUAGAAAGAAGCAAGCAGAAGAAGAAUACCAUCUCAUCAAAGGAUUGGCUAAGUCAAUGUCAGAAAAACAAAAUAAGAAACUAAAAACUGACAAUAAACGAAAGAACCAAACGGAUACUUUUGGUCGAUAUGUGACACAUUAGCAGAACUAGAACCCAAAGUACGUUUUGUGGCUCAACAUCACAUCAAUAACAUUUUGUUCCAAGCACAAAAUGGAGAGCUUUUGACUAGGCAGACUUUUGGAAUGGUAACACCUACUUCUUCACAAGAUCAAACUUUUUGGCCAUUAAACCACCCAACAAAUAGAUCCAAAGUUGAUGAUAUAGUUUCAAGAUUUCAAUCUCAACUGAAUAAUCAACAUUACAGUCUCCCAUUCCAAAGACAGCACACUGGAUCCAAUGUACAUGAACAUUGAACAACACAACACUUGACAACCAUUUGUAAACAUAUUUGUAUCAUGAAAUUUUGUAUUAUCUAAACAUAACUUGUCUAAAGUUUAUUUCAAAGUGACAUGUUCAAUAUAUUGCCUAUUAAAACUUUUAUUACCUUCAAA